GUUUGUUUAUUCAGUCAUGAAUACAAAGACAGUCCUUUAUUUAGUUUGUUUAGGCAUAUAAAAUUGAUAAAGAUCUUUAUCUUCUGAUUAAAAUUUCUUCCUAAAAACUUCAUAGGGCGGCUUUAAUGAUCACGCACCUUUGCACAAGUAGAUAUUUUCUGCAUUUAGAAUGUAAAAGUAGAUUAAAUCACAUAAAUCUCAGUGACACAUCACAGUUUGGUCCGGGCGUUGCAUAUGUGCUAAUCAUGAGAGGUUGCUAUCCAGGCUGAUGAAUAUGCUUAUAUUGAUUGACUGUUCUAUUGAUUAGGCCAAGCUUUAACAGGAUUACAACGCUAACCUGAUUGGAAUAAUGCAACAAGGAUUUCUAGGGGUUUUUUUGUAUUCAUGAUCUACACAGUGGAAAAAAAGGAAAGGAAAAUGGAAAUCUUCUGAGCAGACAGAAGUUUUAGUAACGUUCCAAUGUCACAUUCCUCCCUCGAAAAGACUCACAGUGUCUCGUAGAUUUCUUUCCACUGAAUACAUGAACGACCCUGUGCUGGUAGUAUUUUUCCAACUACAACUGCUUAAAUCAAAUCUCACAGACAUUUCUUGCCAAAGUGCACAAACACAAACAAGUAAACAUACAACGACCCACACCUCAUUAUGAGCCUUGUUAUUAUGAUGGUUUUAGCCCUUUUUAGUCACCAGUUACGAGGGUGAAGCGACUCUGUGAAUGAAAGCCAGAUCGUUAGUAACCUGGUGUCACAAGCUUCUCAUUAGGCCUCUAUAGAGGGACAAAUAAACACACACAUUAGUGCUCCAUGGCAAUCAUGAAAGCUUGUUAAGUAAAUUGAAGCACACCUUCAAACCUCAUUAGGUGUGGUGAAGACCUGUGCCGCUGCUACUGCUGCUGUUUUAAAUGACAGAGAGCGAGUGAAGUGAAGGGCAGAUGGAGAGAACGUCAGGAGGGACUGGUCAGCUGCAGCCUGAUAUAUGAGUGAACACAAUAAGCAAAGAGGGGCCAGGCCAGCCUCUGCCACAUGUGUGUGUGAGCUAAAGGAGUGGGGGAGGGGGAGGACUGACCACACAGGCUCGGACACACGGUCCCGUCUUUACUAAAGCACAGACGGAAGGUGGGUGGAAGACUUUGGGGCAAAAUCAGAGUAAAGAAAAAUAAGUGUAAAGGGAAAAUGAGGAUUAAAAUAAUUUAUAGCAGCUUCUCAGCAGGACUUAGAGAUAAACCUGUGUGAUUGAGUGAGUGUGUUUGAGCAAUAAAAUCCAUAUUUUGACCUCAAUUGUCAUAGUAAGUGAUGAUUUGUAGAUAAAAGAUGUGUAAAACUUGAGAUUCAGAGUCAGAUACGGCACAAUAGUUGAUUGGCUGACGGCCGUGUGGCCUAGUGGCCUGUGCAGGCCUGGAGAAAAAAGGGGGGAAGGGGGAAAGAGAAGGGAGAGGGAGGGUUUUCUCCUCAGCAGCUCCAUGCUUUAGACUAUGGUCAGUGCUUACAUAACAAUCGAACCCUCAUUUACUCUGCAAGCAGGGAAGACUCAGAUAUCUAUGUGUGUGUGUAGUCCAUUGUGCACUGACAUGCUCCAUGUGUAUUCAUACCUCACUUCUCCUCUGAUAUGCUCUGUAUUGAUCGGACAAGCAGUGGUGUGAAUUAGCUCUAACUAACACAAAUCACCUGAUAAUGUGUGAAUGGCUGGUUGGGUCAUUUAAAAGCACUGUAAGUAUGCACUGUCUGCUUGCUCCCUUCCUUCAUUCUGGGAGUGGACAGUGCGUGUUUAGCGUAUGGAGAGGAUAUGUGCUUUGUAAAUAGAUCUCAGGUUAGAUUCCUGGCAUUCCAGCAGCCUGACUCAUCCGAUGGAUGACCAAGAGCUCCUCUGCUUGUUGGCCUGCUGAACCUGCGCCAAAGCCACAAUAUAGUAGGAGUGCUUGAGCCUGUUUGUGUGUGUGUGAGAGAGAGAGCGCUUCUGAGUGUCUGUCCAUCCUCAGGAAAUGUAAGUCUUUGUUUAUUGUGAGUGGAGUAAAAGCACUAAACGCGGACCUUUCAACUCCAGAGGGGUGAUUUUUGUUUCCACUCCACAUCCAGUUGGACAAACAGCCGCCUCUAAUGCUCCACAACCCCCAAAUCCCAUUCCAGCCAAGCCCCCUUCCCCCACAAGUACUUUCAUCUAAUCAACCCCUAAUUACUCACACUGACCAUGCAGUGGACCACGAGUCAACUAGCCUCCACUGAGAAAACAUCUAUGACUUGCAUUAUUGUAUUUCCUUGAUGUAGGAAAUCAUUUGGUGAAUUUCUCCAUUUGCUCUGCAUCUGAUCAAUGAUCGUUAAGAAGCAGUGAUGAGAGAGCACUGAAACUGGUUUUAGUGGAGGUUGUUGACGGCUCGAUGGAGAGCUUGAGGGAUUAUGCUCGGCCUGUGUCUUUAGUGGAUGAAUCAGGUUGUUGUUUAUAAGCAUCCUUCAAUCCCAGUGUUUCCCACACAUAUUUUACGGCAUUUAUUUUGCUUAUGCAGAUUAAAGGACACUAAGUUGCUAUCGUUGGACUACUAUUGAACACGCACAUGCACACAAUGUGGAUUUACAUUUGUUGAAUGUCAUGGUGGCUACACUGUAGGUGAGUGAUACCUCCACAUAUAUGUAGCUACAUGUAGAGUCUGCAGGAUUGGUCGGCUUGGGAUGUAAGUAUUUCCUUCUUGCCUUGUUCUGCUUGAUCCCCUCUUGCCCCAACAUGUUCAGAGCUUUCACUGGCCUCUUCUCUUCUGAUGUAAUCGUCUCAAUAGUGCUACACAAAUUAGUAUGUCUAAUCAAGCGAAGCCAUCUCAUGUGCAAAGGUUCUCCCCUCCACCAUUGUUACUCACCUAUGAAAUGAAGGAAUUAAUGCAAAAGUAGGUAAAAAAUAUGUUUGGCACUAAUAAACAAGAUGCGGCCAUAAUUUGGCACUGUCAUCAACCUCAAACUGUAAACCUUAUUGCAAAGGUGUCUUAUAUUUGAAGUCUGUUAAUCAAGCUUGACCCAUCUCAGGAGUCACAGUUUUCUGAGUUGUUAUAGGUCACUGGUGGUCUAGAGAGGAGGUUUGACACUUGAGACUGAUUUAUACAUCAGCAUUAAAGCAGUGAUUUUCAAACUGGGGUCCAAAGACUAACAGGGGUCCUUCAGUAAGUUGAGGGGGGACCAACGAGAGGAGGAAUAGAAUAUUUUGAUUUUUAUGCAAUUGUUUGGAUGUUGGAACAAUAAGGAAACAUUAAGGGUCAAGCACUUUGAAUGACUGCAAUUUAUUCUGAUCCCAGUUUGAUCACUGAUAAACUGCGAAGACCUUUUAUCUUCAAACGUAAACAAUACUCAGAUGGGAUUCCUUAGGACAAAUUCUCUCACUAGGGGUCCUUGGUCUAAUGUCGACCAAAAUUUGGAAAUCCUUCCACUGAAGUUUCCCCUCACCUCAGCUAAAGAUCAGAUGUCAAAGUCAUGUGCAUUGAUUUAAAAUAUUAGGCCUUUCAUCUAUUAAGUAACCAACCCUAACCAAUAACAUUUACACACACAAAGAAACACCAUCAGUAUUCUGAUGUACAUUCAAGGGCUAAGUAUCUACUUGUAUGAGAUUUUUUUAAAAUCCAGAAAUAAUUCCUUUUUUCCCCACAAGAGACAUUUAAGAGUUUCAACUGAUAAUAAACGCAUACAACAAUAACUGAGAUUUCCAGCAACAAAACUGAUGCACACAAAUUCAGGGACAAAUCCUGGGGUGCCCUUGAAUUAAGUGAACAUGAACUCACACUGAGUAAGCAAACAUGGAUUUACGAAAUCCUAAAUACUACUAAAAGGAGGAUGGUGAGGAAAUGGAGUGAGUGGAGCAGGACCCGAGGAAAGCUUGAGACCCCUUGGUGGAAGUUAUGGGACGUAAAUACUUUAAAUGUACAUUGCACUACAUGACAGUGGCGUAAGAUCACAAAACAGUAUAAGUGAGAGCACAGCAUACGUACAUAACUGCAUAGCAACUGAUUGCUUUUGAAGAUUUGACCUCCUUUCAUGUCCUUGUUUCUGUGGUUUUCUCAUCCCUGUAAGCUUUGAUGUGUCCAGAAGUCGAAGUACAGAGGAAACACUGGUGCCAUUCGACAGUAUGAUAAUCACAAUGAUUAAGGAAAGCUGUCAUAGCACCAAGCCGGCUUAGUGCUCAUCUUUGUCUCUUGGUAAGCCAAGCAUGGCCAAGAUUUGAGGGGUGUUUCCAAGCCCCAAGACAACAUGAGGUGCUAGAUUAAAAUGAGGGGCUCCCUCACUCAUCCCUCCUAAUACCUCAAACCCUGCUCCAAGUUAUCCUCUCUUGAACACAAAUGUGGGAUGCCACAGCACACCGGAACAAUUAUAGACCAUCUGAUGGCGACGGGGUGAGAGGAGUAGAUUGAUGGCAAAGCAGCAAACGGUUGACUCAUGCCAGCAAUCAGCAUGACCAGUCUGUUGAAGAUGCACUGGUCUCCGGAGCACGCCGCCCCCUUAUCUCAGUGGCCUGAGCAGCACCUAGAUGUCACCUCGACUACUUCACCGCCUUCUGCCAACAAACAUGACCCCUACUCUGCAGCUGGCAGACGCAGCUUUGCCCCUGCAGGUUACCCUUGGGCCAGUGAUGACAUAUCAGCCCUUACUGCUUCUUCUCUGCUCAAGCGCUACGCUGAGAAGUACUCAGGCUUGGAGCUGCCCUAUGAUCGCCCUCCUACAGGAGCCUACUCAGAGCCUGGAACUUUCCUGAAAACUGAAUCUGAGCCCUGGCCUCUGGGUCAGGGCAUGGAGUGUUACCCUGGACUGGAGGCACUAACCGGUGCCAAGUUGGGCUCAGCGUCUGUGGGCAUCCCAGCCACAGGAAGUGUGACAGUAGUGAGCAGUAAUUUGACCUCUGAGCCAGUCUACAGUGGUGCAGGUCCCUGUAGUGCCCCUUCAUCUCAGGAAUAUCCUCCUACCUACAACAGCACCUACCUGUCUUCAGGAUACUGCCCACAGCCCGGUGCAGCACUUCCUCCAACCCCUCUACACUCUUUGCAGGCCGCACCUACUCUAGUGCCCAGCUACAGCGCCAGCACUCCUGUCUACAACUAUCCUCCAGGGUGCUACCCCCAGACCAGCCUGUCCUCAGGAUACAGCCACCCUAGUGCCUCCUAUCUGCCCUCUGGGAUUAGUGCCCCCACUCCUCUGGCGCCAAGGCCCACCUUGGUGGGUGGCAGUUACAGCUACCCAUCUCACAGCAUUGGGGGGAAUUCUGAGGUAGGGGCACCACUGAAACGCAAGGCCUUUGAGAUGGCAGAGGAAGGACAGGAGGGAGCAGAAGGGGAAGGAUCACGCUACAGAAAGUACAGCAACGGCCAUGGAAACAGUCAUGGCAAAGGUCACGGCAACGGGCAUGGCAAUGGCUAUGACAUGAGCAGCCCAGCCUCAGACCCACAGGCCUUCAAACCUGGAAAGCCCCUGAUGUCACCCACUUAUGGUGGGGCAAGGGACUACAGCCCACCAUCAGGCCUAGCAGGAGAGAGUGUGGAGCACAACUUUCCUCAGCAACAGAGAAUGUCUAUGAAGAUACCUGCGUCGCACACACGAUCUGAAGACCCAACUGGAGGGCGUUGACAGCCCUGAAUGGCAUUUGAGAAAAUUCUUAUACCAUCUGAAACUGACAAGGGUUCCUAAUCCAAACAGAUUAGUGGGUUAAACUUGGAUUUGUCAAUGAAAGGUUUCAUUCAACUAGAGAACACAAGAGGGCACAAGUCUGGUAUUCCUUGUGCAUCUUUUACAUUUUCUUUACUCGUGUAUUUCCAAAGAUUCACAGGGGCAUUUUGCUCUGUAAGGUUGAGGUAAGUCUUAGGGAUGAGGUUAAGGCAUUUUUUACAUAGACAGUCUAAAUGUAUGAGUGUCUGUUUCUCUCAGGAUCCUAUUUAUUUCCUUCCUGCUACUGUGGCAGCAGUACUGCAGCAUUGGUGUUUAAGAAGUUGGUGUCAUUAUUUGUGGCCAUUAUGUAUGCUGAAGGCCUUUGACUGCAAUACUUUCUACCGCACCACAAAAAUCAUUAUUGACCAAAAAGUAAGGAGAGCAAUAACGGAAAUGGUGAGACUGCCAUACUACUUCAGCACAAUCACUGCUACUUUACAGGCUGACUCCAAGACAUGUGGUCACUUGGCUUGAGAAAUGAAUGUUCAUAGCACGCUUUCCCCCAACCUUUACUCAUUUUCAAUUUACUUUCAGUUUCCUUAGCUUUUUUUCAUGCUCUUUAUCUUACUCUGUUGUGGUGUCCCACUUCUUAUUUUCAACUUUUUUCAUUGCUGAAGAACUGUCCAGUUUACACAUACCAAGCUGCUUAUCAGUUAAUUCCAUACAUGAAGCCGCCCUUUAUAUUGUUUUGACGUAAAGAAAGAGUGGGGAAAUAAUCUAAGAUUUUAUGUUCAUUUAAAAAAAAUGUAUUUGACAGUAUAUGCAGAUCAUCUUCGAAGCGUGUUGUUUACUUGCAGAUUUCUGCUGAUCAGUAAAGUGACUGGUAUAUUUUCUGAAGAAUCUAUGAAUAAUGUAAUACCUGAUCCAGCUUAUGCCUUGUCCUCAAUACUCAACAUAUUUCAAGAAACAAUGAUCAUAUCAAGCAAACAAAUAUGUUUAAGUCUGCAUUCUGCUAAAAUUCACUCAGAGCAAACAGUUUUUUGAGACUGUUUGAUACUUCUGUUGGAUGCACAGCCCAAACUAAGAGGCAUGCAGGAUGCAGUGGAGGGUAUACUGGAGGCCUCUAUGUGAGUGCCUCAACAUUACAUUCUUUAUGAAGAUUUACCUUCUUGUCUGCCAGGAUUUACUUUUUCUUUAAUAUGCAUUCUCUUUACUUUUGCGUCUCAAAAGGAUGAUUUAUAGUCGUGUUAUUGAUUACUCAGGAAGAAUAUUGUUACCUCAAAAUGAUAAACUAAGAAUGUAUGUUAUUACCUUAGGGUGUUUGUAGGGAGCUUUAUGGAGCAUGAUGAAAACGGAGCCAUGGCUUUUAUUAAGAGCAAAACACACUCUGAACACUUCAGGGAAACAAGGAACUUACAAGGCCUUGAAACUAACAGUAUAGACAACACACACACGCACGCACGCGCGCACACACACACACACACACACACACACACACACACACACACACACACACAGACAAAUGCAGACACACACAUCCACACUGCUUCUUAGCUCUGGGAAAUUAAACUCAAGGUUUUUUUGUACCAAGGCCUGAAAUGUUGAAUGUAAUUCAGAUAUUUUUUUUAAAAGGACAAUACAUGCCAUAAUGUACAUCGAUGAUGUUUUUAGAUAUAUGAAACAUAUUUUCCUCAUGUAUAGAAGUAAUUCUCUUAUAGGUUUUGGUGGAGAAAUGAAUGACAUGUUAAGUGUUAGUGUAGUUAGUGGGGAAACGGUUUUGUGGACAAACUGUCAAAACAAAGCACUCCUGAUAAACAGCUUUGGACAUAUCAAGACAUACUCAUACUACAGUACAUGCUCUAUAAUAGGUAUGCUCAUUAAAUGUCUUAAUAUGUCCAAUUUCCAUUUUUCAUAUGGGUAUUUUAAAACAGCUUGACACAGUGUCACGGGUCAAAUCAGCUUUAUUUUAGCUCAAACAUAAAUUGACAUCAUGAAGAAGGAAAAAGUUGAAUAUUAACAAAGUAUGUGCACUGUCGGAACAUAUUUUCAACCUUAUUUUCACAAAUCCCGUCAUAAGUUGUGCCAUACAAUUUUUUUCUUUUUUUUCUUUAAAGUGAAGCCCUUUGGUGGCUGUAACAAAACUGAACCCUAGCCUACAAGCAUGCCCAGAGAGCAGAUCCCCUUUAAUAGUAACAUUUAGGCUUCAGAAUUAGUCUGAAAUUCAAUGUGAUAAAGAAGUAUUUUAAUGCCUCUUUUUGAAAUAAAAGCACAUUCAUAAAAUUAUAUGUACUCAAAAUGUGGUUGAGUGUCAGGAAAAACACCCUUAACACAUAAAGACUUUAGAGGCUUUGAAGUGUGGUGAAUAAAAAAUACAAAUUAUUGAAAAGGUGUUGAGCAAAUAAUGUAUACUUACCCUCAGAUUUUAAAAGUAUUUAAGCGCUUAGCUUCAACAAUUAAAUGCUCUUCAAUGCCACAGAAAAAGAAUGUGCUCUAUAUGAACUCCACACUGCAACAAACACACAACAGCAUUUUGCUGCUCCACUGACACAAGUGGAGUUGAAUUUGUCCAACUGAUGGGAAAUGGCAUUUCAGUGAUAUCUCUGUGAUUCAGUUGUACUUUUGUUGUAUCUUGUACAUUCUCUGUAACCAGUUCUACCUCAUUUUGAAGACAUUGUACAUGGAGAUAUUUAUUUCAUGUCAUUUCACAAGCAAUGUUUCUAAUUCUUGACCUGUUAUAGUCUACCUCACUAAAAGCUGUUGUGUCAUGGAAAUGAAGAUAUCGAACCAAACUUGACUUUGUCUUUUUGUCAGAAGUGUUUGUGGAUUGAGCAACACUAAUCAAGUGAACGUCCACCCAGAACAAUUACACUUCUUCUCUCUUUUAAAGGAGUAUUCAAAAAACAAUAUACCCCACAUUUUCUUACAUUAAAGGCAUUAUUCUUUUGUUUCCAGGUGGACUUAAUCUAAUUUUAAUAAUAUCUAGAUGGUAUACUUCCUAUUAUUUAAACUAAUUAGUAUUUAAUUCAUACAUGUGUGCAGUUUGUCUAAAGGCAAGCAUAUAAUUUUGGAUAUCAAAGGAGUACAUUUUCCUAUUAUAAAUAAAUAAUUUCAUUUAAAUGGGGUUUAAAUGGAGCACCAAUUGUUUUUGAACUAAUUUAACUACCAGUCACAAGACAUCAGACCCUAUUUUAUCUUAUGAUAAUGUGUACCAUAUAACAAAGCACUAUAUAUAAUAAAGAAAUUAUUGACCAGUAAAAUUAAGGUUUACAGUGGGUAAACUCACAAGAAAUUAAUUUUUGAUCAAUUUAAAAUAUAAAGAUUUUUUUAAAAAGAAAAAAAAAGGAAGUUUUAUUCAAACUCACAGGGGUCAUUUGUGUUAUGUAACCCAUAAUAAGCUCAAGAGAGCAUAGAAUAAAAGGACAGGAAGAGUGGAGAAGAUCCUGACCCUCUUCCACUGGACACCACCCCCUACCCUGACUUUAUUGUCUGGAGGGCAGAGGGCAUGCACUGGCGUGUGACAGAUGUCCGAAACUUUUGUCCUUUCAUCCACAAUGAAUCUAACCCUGCUGAUCGAAGUAUUUCACAGCAAAACCCUCUUUAUCUAGAAUAGAAGGGUCAUUUUCAUCGACUCACGAAAUUUCUUGCAUUUUUAUCAAAACUGAAACCAUUCUCCUAGCACAGGCAGCAGGCAUUAAACCAGCCAUCCUCAUUAAAA